AUGACAACGACAAGCGACUGUGCCAGUGCCGGCCACAACUGGCUUUCCCACUUCCCUGACACCACUCUUCUCCGCGACAUCCCCAUCUUUCCGGCAGCCCAUCAUGCAGGAACUGGCCGCGGAACAAGUGCAUCCAGUUCGGCGCAUCCAGAAAACACAACAAACUCAUCGUCGCAUUCGACCGAUUUCGCCACCGCGUCUAGCAAUCCACAGCCACCAACAAAUGUGGACCGUCGCUCCUGCACGACCCGCACAGCGACGAAUGCAACCUCAAUUUGGCACCGGUGCAAGCAGUCCGUGCUCAGUCCGUGGUGCCAGACGCAAACCCUGUCGGUAGCGGAGUUGCUGCAAUGCGGAGUGCGGUUUCUGGACAUACGGGUUGCGCCGCAGGUCCUCGCGCUUGCUGGGGAAGAGGACGUAGAAAAAGACACUGGUGAAGCGCAACAGCCAGAUUUGGAACAAGGCCCCACGUCGUCGUUUCAGAAGGCGAGUGGUUCAUCAUCAGGAGAAGCUGUAGGUAGUGGCACGACUACGACUGACCGUACUGUAGUCAAUUUUCCCGUCGCGCACGGCCCGUGGGUGAGCCAGACGACAACCCUGGAAACGGUGCUGGCGGAUAUCAGGACUUUUCUUGCCAACUGUCCCUCCGAAUUCGUCGUCCUCUACCUCCGGGAGGAAAACUGUAAGUCGUCCCAGCGAAGGCAAUUCUUGGAGCCCGAGCCCGUGUUCCGAGAGUUGUGGGGAACGAUGCGGGAUUGCGGCGUGAAAUGGUACAACGGGAAAGCGCCUGACAGAGAAGACACCUCCGGCGCGGGCCCUCUCCUCUUCAACGGUGAAACGCGAUUAGGAGACGUUCGCGGGACCUGUGUCUGGGUCGGGCCGGAGGUGGUGGAAGACAGCUUCUCACGACCGGAUGUUGAUCAACUUGCGUGGAUUCCCGCGACGACGCUGAUAAAUGAGAACGGGACUAACACCGUCUACCGAUUCAACUUUGAGCAGUCCGGGUUGGGCGAGAUCUGCGACAUUUGGUGCACGGAGAGUGUGCGGGAAGCAAACAAGCUGGUGGAAACGCACCUGUUCCAGUUGCAUGGGGAAACAACCGAGAACGUCAACGAUUCUGGGGAGGCGAGUGGCGCAGCACCAGCAGGUGCCGUUUUGGAUCUGGAAGCCGGCUCGGAAGAGGACACGAUCGUGACGGCGAGUGCAGCUCCUGCUUCAGGUGGUGAUGCUGGUUCUCCUUUCGCCUGCGCUUGGCCGGGAAUCGCUCUAGACGGCUGGUACUACUACCCGGUGUGGUACACGAGCAGGAAGCUCAAUAAGUGGUUUUUCGAGAAAUACAUCACGAAUUACGCGGGGCAUGCGAGCAGUACUACGACAUCGUCAUCGGCAUCUUUGGCGCCAACGAAAAUCGGCGUCCUGGUGCUAGAUUUCGUCACCCCCGAGCUCUGUGCGCAGAUGGUCAAAAGGAACUUAAAGACGCUGGGUCGGCAGGUCUCUUCAGCGGAUGCAGUUACACCACCGUUUGAUGCAGCUGCUACAGCUGGUCCUGCCGAUGUUAACCAUACAGUGGCACCUGCACGUGACACUGGUGCACCUUCUUUGGCAGAAAAAAAACGCUCUGUUUUCCGAGUCGGCCCGAGCUACGGCAAACAGGAAAAGGUGAUCAAUUUGCGCCAGAGAUUGCGUCGUAUCCCAUUUCUCUGCCAAUUUUUCUACCCCAAUCUGGCUCAUGAUCGAAGAGAAAAGGCACAGACGCUUGCUGUUUCAGUCGCGCCCCACAAAGAAGCAGAGCUUUUGGGGCGCGAAUUCCGUGUGAAGCCGUAUUGCUCGCGGCAUCCGAGAGAGAGCUUUGGGAUGCGGUAUUUAGGAGAAGGUACGUUUGAGAUUUGGCGAACAGACCAGGCCAAUGCAGGCUGGGGAAAUGACUUGUGGCUGGAGAUUGAUACGUCGUGAAAGAGCACACUGAU